GUUUUAAACUUUGAUUAUUGAGUUCAACAUGUUUUAAUCCUCAGUUCCCUGAGUGGGGUAACCUGGUAGGGACCGGCACUUAAAAGGAGGCCAGUAAAAUCUGCCUUAAGUGGGUACAAAGUAGGAAAGGCUCCAGAAGAUCGCUGUUACUGGAGUCAGAUGCAAGGAGCUUUUGCACUUAUUUAUUGCCUUCACCGUGACACAAGAGGACGGGCUGUUCACUGACAGCAUUUAACUGACCGCUUUGGGCCACUCCACACCCUGAGCCGAAAGCAUCUCGCUCCCUCUUGAUUUUCCUUCUUUCGGACCGGAGGUCCGGGGAAGCGGCUCGGCAGGGCCAUCGCGGGCUGACAGCUGCCGACGGACAUGGGAGCGCGACCCCACGCUCUGGAAGUGCGUCACUUCCGCCCUCGCGAGCACUUCCGGGGCGGAGGCCAUCAUGGCGGCGGCCUUGGCUCGGCUCGGGCUACGGUCCGUGAAGCAGGUUCGGGUCCAAUUUUGCCCAUUCGAGAACAACGUGGAGUCGACGAGGACCUUCCUCCAGGCGGUGAGCAGCGAGAAAGUCCGCUCCACUAACCUCAACUGCUCGGUGAUUGCGGACGUCAGGCACGACGGCUCCGAGCCCUGCGUGGAUGUGUUGUUCGGAGACGGGCAUCGCUUGAUUAUGCGCGGCGCCCACCUCACCGCCCAGGAGAUGUUCACUGCCUUCCAGUCUCACCUUCAGGCCCGGGACGCGGCUGGGAGGGAGGACAAGCAGGGCUCUGGUAAUGGGCGCUAACACCGCAAAAGAAAGACCAACAAGCCUGUUUUAGUCUGGGACUACUGUUAGGACACAUAACUGAAAAGAACUUAAUCACUGAACCCAUCAUCUGUAUGUUCCACUCAGCACUAGCAAGACCUCCAAGAGCCCUGUGACUACAAAUCACAUCGUUUUUGGAGGAACACAAAAUCAGUAAGGGAUCUGGACCAACGAUAAUUUAUUUCACUGUUCGCAUUUCCAAAGGUUCAUUGCUUAACCUUUUUGAAUUUGACUGCUCUUGCAUCUCACACAAGGUGGCUCUUAACUUUUAUUGUGAAAUCCAGUGCUGUUUUCUCUCUAUCCCAGUAGAAUCUGACACUGUCAGUUUACUCUUUUGUGGAACUUAUCUUCCUGUCUGGUCCUUUUUCUUCUUGUCUUUGUUUUUGGUGUUUCUUCUGUCAUAACUUAAAUUAACCUCUCUGAUUUAAUCCUUUAUUUCUCUCUAGUCAGAGAUCUUCAGGAAUUUCCUCCAAUUCCACCAACAAUCCACUCAAAAUAGAAUUCACAUUUUCACAUACACAUCUCUCUCCCUGAUUUCUUUGUACCUUUUAAAGGUGCUUCAUCUGCUUAGCCAACUGUGCUAGAUAAACCAUUAUCUCUGGUUCUGCCUUUCCCUUUCCCUGCAUAUCCAGCUAGUAAGCUCAGAAUAUUGUGGUAAACACAAACUUCUGAAAUGUUCUCUCCAUUCCCAAUCAUUAUGUAGUAUCAUUGUUAUGUUCACCCACUUUGUCUCCUUUUUUCUAAUCAUUUUUACUGUUGCUUAAUUUUAUCUUUGUGAAAUACAUCGCUGGUUAUAUCUUUCACUACCACUUGUUUCAAGGCAACAGAGCCGAAAGUACUCAAGCAUUGUGUCUGAAGUUUUUCAUACUGGGUUACCACCCAUUGAUGUGGAUCAUGAAAUCAAUUUAGGGAGUCAAGUCAGCCUUAAAAAAAAAAAAAGAGAGAAGAGAA